AUGGAUGAAGGCGAGGUCUUCAAAAUUGAAGAUCUGAAGCGGGGAUCGGAUUACCUGAAUACGGACUCGUUGAAUUCCCAAGCAAUUGGAUUUCUCCACUCUCAACAUAUGCGAGCCACCAGGAAAGUAGUUGAUUUCGACUUACAUGCUGUUUUCUUGAUGCAAGAGUUCGGGAGGUCCGAUUCUAUCCAGAAGAUUGUCAGGAUGAUCCGAAAGACAUAUGAUGAAGAUUUUCCACCCAAAACGACCUUACAAAGUCAGUUGGUCGGUGCUGCAAAAUUGGUUGAACAUUGGAUGCAAGUUUACCACAAAAAUCGACAAGCCAAUCCAACCGUAAAAAAGCCGUUCUGUCUCCAAUAUCCCACCUACAUCGAUGUAAUCAAGCACUCGAUUUCCUCUGAGGAUAAGUGUGCUGCGGACAAAACCAUCAAAUGUUCCACCCAUGAUAUCAAGAAAGAAGAGCUACAGGGCCACGGGGACCAUUGGAAAUCCGAACCUGAACCCAAUCUUCCGGAACCUCUUCGUACUGAAACCAGUCCACGGGCACGCGAGCUUGUUGAACUUCGACACGAUAUGGUAUUUUAUCAUAGAUUGUCUUACUGGAUAAACAAGGCAUUCCUUCCUGAAGCUUCAUUAAUUGCUGAGCAAGCCGUUGAUUACUUAGAAAAAAGUGCUUCUAGUUCGGUGAAAGAAGUCAAUGGGCUGGAGGACAAUGUGAUAAUUGCAGAAUAUGAUUCUGCAAAAGUUACAGGUCUCCUCAAAGCUCAAGUGACUGCCAAUUCAAAACGUGGUGCAAAGAAGGUUAAAAUUGCCAAAUAG